AUUAAAAAACUAAUACACAAACAGAAAAUUAUCUCUGUAUUUGAAAUGUUCUGGGUCAGACAUGGGGAGUUAGGUAAAGAUGUCCCAUCCAGACCCCCCUGACAGAUUUGGGCAGAUUAAGACCCCCUUUAAUCGCUUGUCCUGCACCCCAGCUUCCCACCACUAACCAAUCCUGUUAGGCGUGACUGACCCGCUCCCAACAUGAAAGACAACGAUUGGUCACAGCCACACUAGGCAGGCAAGGAUUAGGGCUGAACAGGGUGGUGUGUCUGGGGCCAGACAAAGACAGGCAGGGGGAGGUUGAGGGGGGCAAGAGGCUAAAUGGGGAGCGCUAAUGAGGUGGACGUGUGGUCUGUGGGCUGUCAUUAGAGGUGAUUAAGACUCUGUGCACGCGACAUUAGCCAGGCAAAGAGGAGACUGCACACAGAGGGAUGAACAUGUGUAUUUGUAGAGGAAGGUGUGGACAUUAUAGACUUCCUUUUGUUAUUUCCCAAUUAGUGGCAUCGUUUGAUGCUAAAUCUCCUUCACAGUCCGGAACGGUCAUUGUCGAUGUGGUCUAGAUCUGGUAUGGAUCUAUACCAAAGUGUAAGUUAAGAGGGUGAGUCAGGGUCUCGCACUGGUCUGUCUCCAGGGCACAGGUUAACCAAACAACUUUGUGAGAACUCAAAGGACAAUGAGGUCUUAUGCUGAAGGGUCAAAUGGCAAUCCAAUAUGCCCUGAACUAAUGCGCAUUAAAGAGAUUAUGGUUUAGAUCCUCUGCAAAUCCAAUAAUCCAGCAUGAGGUAUAUAAAAAUUGUAUUAAUAAGAAAACAUAAAUUAGUAUAUACAUAAAAUUGACAAAUACAAAAUACAAUGUUUUAAACAUCCAAGAACAUGUAACAAACAACAUAACAUCUGUUACCGCGCAAUAGGUCAUUAUGUUUGUACUAAAAUACAAAUGGGUACUUUUUCUCAGUCUAAAUAUUAUUGCAUAUGUGCUUUCUUCUGGCCUGUCUGCCCUGCUCAUUUUGAAAUACAAGUGCAUACUCACAUACACAUGCUGAUUAUGUUAGCUAGGUCAAUGGCUUUGACCUACUUUGAGCGUUACGCUCCGUGGGAUGCCACAGUCACUCACAUCAACCCACCGGAUGGGCAAUUUCCCCUCCAUUUUAUAUAAGAGUAGCUUUUGGCCGGUUUGUUAUUUAUUUAUUUUCCCACUUUUAAUUUCCUCUGUUCUGGUUAUAAUGGCUAUUACUGGUUCCAUCUGUUUAUUUGUUUUAGUUUUUUUCCUGCUGGAUAGAACCAAAGUAUCCUGUUAUAAUUAUAUGAAUGCAUUUGUCAGAAACUGUAGACGGAUUGCUGACCAAUGUCAGGAGAGGAAUAUCCUGCACUCUAUUUGGGUUAAGCAAUAGGUUGCCUCAAAUGAUACAAAAUUGGUUUUAAUUUUGGAGUUGAAAAACAUACCGAAUCAUUUCACUGUAGAAAGAUUGCAGCAAUGUCAAGGACACCUACAUUUCUAUAUUUCGUAGGGGGGACAAUUAUACACACAGUUUCAUUUUGAAAACUGUGUGUAUAAGUGUCAUUUUUUAGUUUCUACAUAUAUAUGACCAGUGAGACAUCAUUCAGUGUUAUCCUCACCACAGGUAACAUCAGCCAUAAAGACAAGCCAAGAUUUGUCAUUUGUACUUCAAUGUCAUUCCACUUGUCUCUUUCACGCUCCUUUGAGCAUGUCAAUAAAUACCUGCUGUGUUUAAAUGUCCCGAGGGGAAGGUCACGCAGUUCAGCCAGUACCGGUUCCUCCAAUCACCGCUAUCUACCUCCUAGCCCCCCUGCCUUCUGCCCCUGCACCUACACCCUUCCUUUGAAACCCUUUUCUCACUCCCUUCCUCUGCCCCCUCCCUCACCUCUCCUGUGAGGUCCUGUGGAGUGUGGUGUCACAACCGCUGUGUGUUCUGAGUCACAUCAAGAUGUCCCGCCUCAGUGUGCGAGCGUGUGUUUGAAGUGGACGUCUCCCCCAACCUCCUUUCCUCCUCCAGGAGUCCCCCCACAGAGCAUGAAGCUUUGGAGGAGCUCUCUAACUUUCCCGGAAUUGUCGGUACAGCUUUUUCCGGUUCUGCUUGCGUAGCUCCCUCGUGGGAAAAAAAAACAGCCAGCUCGUCGAGUGUGUGUGUUUAGUGAGGAGAAGCAGAGGGAUGUCCCUAACUGGAGGCUGGCAUUCCCUAUGGUUGGCUCCACAUUCCAGGCACUCUAUCCUCGGAGCCUGAGCCUAAACCACUGUCUCCUGGCUGCUUGUUCUUCUCGUCAACUCCCUCCUCACCUCAGCAGAGAUGCCUGUAAAAAAAGCACCAGAGCAAAAUCCAUCGACAGCUGAGCAGCUUCCCUGGAUUUCGCUGACACCGUGCCCGCUUGGUCUCGCCUGAGAGGAUGGACACGCUAGAGUCAGAGCUGACUUGCCCAAUCUGCCUCGAGCUCUUUGAGGACCCACUGCUGCUCCCCUGCGCCCACAGCCUGUGCUUCGGCUGUGCCCACCGCAUCCUGGUCUCUCACUGCGCCUCCAACGAGCCCGUUCAGUCCAUCGGAGCCUUCCAGUGCCCCACCUGCCGCUAUGUCAUCUCACUGAGCCCCCAGCGCGGCCUAGAAGGACUGAAACGCAACGUCACCCUCCAGAACAUCAUCGACCGCGUCCAGAGGGCUGCCUCCUCGGGCUGCCCACUGCCCCACAGCGGGCCAAACUCCCCCAGCGAGGACAGUCGACUCGCCUUGGUGCCCGCCGCCAUGACCAGCCCUGGAACGCCACCCGAGCCCAUCCAGUGCCAGUUCUGCGAGCAGGACCCCCCGCAAGACGCCGUCAAGACGUGCGUCACGUGCGAGGUGUCGUACUGCGACGAGUGCCUGCGCGCCACACACCCCAACAAGAAGCCGUUCACGGGCCAUCGCCUGAUCGAGCCGAUGCCAGACACCCACCUGCGAGGCCUGCAAUGCCUGGAGCACGAGGAGGAGAAGGUCAACAUGUAUUGCGUCACCGACGAUCAGCUCAUCUGCUCCUUGUGCAAGCUGGUGGGCCGACAUCGGGACCACCAGGUCGCAGCUUUGAGCGACCGCUACGAGAAGCUCAAGCAAGCGUUGGACUCCAACCUGAGAAAUUUAAUUAAAAGGAACAACGAGCUGGAGUCUCUGAUGGGGAAGCUGAUUCAAACAUGCCAGCACGUCGAGGUCAAUGCGUGCAGACAGGAAGGCAAGCUGAUGGAGGAGUGUGAUCUUCUGAUUGACAUCAUACAACAAAGAAGACAACUCAUUGGCACCAAGAUCAAGGAAGGAAAGACGGUGAGACUACGGAAACUGGCCCAGCAGAUCUCCAACUGUAAGCAGUGCAUCGAUAGGUCGUCUUCCCUCAUCACCCAGGCUGAUCAGACUCUGAAGGAGACCGACCAUGCUCGCUUUCUCCAGAGCGCCAAGGGCAUCACAGACAGGGUCUCCAUGGCGACGGCCUCUUCUCAGGUCUUGAUCCCAGAGAUCAAUUUGACGGACACGUUUGAUACGUUUGCCCUGGACUUCACCCGGGAGAAGAAACUAUUGGAGAACCUGGACUACCUAACCGCUCCGAGUCCCCCAGCCAUCAGGGAAGAGCUGUGCACAGCCUCAUACGACACCAUAACCGUCCACUGGACGUCCGACGACGAAUUCAGCGUUGUGUCCUACGAGCUCCAGUAUGCCAUCUUCACAGGCCUGGCCAACGUUGUCAGCCUGUGCAACUCGUUGGACAGCUGGAUGAUCGUGCCCAACAUAAAACAGAACCACUAUACCGUGCACGGCCUGCAGAGUGGCACUAAGUACAUCUUUGUGGUCAAGGCCAUCAAUCAGGCUGGCAGCCGUAGCAGCGAGCCUGGGACACUGAAGACCAACAGCCAGCCCUUCAAGCUCGAUCCCAAGUCUGCCCACAGGAAGCUGAAGGUUUCCCACGACAACCUGACGGUGGAACGUGACGAGAGCACGUCGAAGAAGGGCCACAGCCAGGACCGCUUCACCAGCCAGAGCAGCUACGGCGUCAUCGCCAACGUCUACAUCGACAGCGGACGCCAUUACUGGGAGGCUCUCAUUGGAGGAAGCACGUGGUACGCGGUGGGGAUUGCCUACAAGUCGGCCCCCAAGCACGAGUGGAUUGGGAAGAACUCCGCUUCCUGGGUCCUAUGCCGCUGCAACAACUCCUGGGUGGUCCGCCACAACAGCAAGGAGAUGGCCAUCGAGCCCUCCCCCCACCUGCGGCGCGUUGGGGUCCUGCUGGACUACGACGUGGGAACCCUGGCCUUCUACGACGCGGUGGGCUCCCAGCACCUCCACACCUUCCGGGUGUCCUUCGCCCAGCCGGUGUGCCCCGUCUUCAACGUGUGGAACAAGUGUCUGACGGUCCUCACUGGCCUGCCCAUCCCAGACCACCUGGAAGGCCUGGAGCCCCAAGACUGAGACAGAGAGGCCCAAACCAAACUGUGUUUGAUAGGCCCCAAGCCCCAUCCACCCUACUUAAUGAACCACCUCCCAAUCCUGCCCCCUUUGUAAGGCACUUUGGUCCAUCGUGGACUGACUAGGGAUGGCCCUCUGGAUAAAAGCCAGAACCCUUUACAGAUAACCUCCACCUCAUCUCAUCCUUGGCACUUGGGCCAGCUGGACAAGGGUGGGUCACACCCCACCCUGGGUCUGACCAUGGAUCACAGUUGGUAUGGAAAGGAGGAGUCCACCCAAAGUAGCUGUACAUGAAGCAUCAUAGUUUGUAACCCAUUUCCAUUAAUAAAGAGCCAAAGUAGCCAUGAGUUUUUACUGACAGUCUACGAGUGCUCAUUUGAUAGUCACAUUAUUUAAGCGUAUGUUGGAAAAUAGUAGCAGUUGUUUCCAUGAAUACUUUUCCCUGCAUUUGCACAUUGUUCAUACAUUAUUUAUGAUGUGUUCGGUGGAUGGAAGCAUAGAGACAUGAAAACUCUAGGGAAAUUGAUUUUUGUGCAAUUACUUUUUUUCUGUUAAACUAUUGUGUAAACUGUUUUGUGUCAACCAUACAUUUUGCAAGACAAUGAUGUCUUUCCUACAAAGUGUGUACUUGUAUAGAUAUCAAAUAAAUGAAAGGUAGGGAUUUUAAUAUUAUUAUUUUUUGUCCCAUUGUUUUUAGUUCAGUCAGAUAGAUUUUUGGUUGUUUAAUCAUGCAUGUUCAUGUGAAUUUAUGUAGUUUCCUCCAAACUUCCAGAUAAACUAAUUAUAUAUUUCUCCAGUUGGUCUUCUGCUCAACUCACUGACCACUCGUUAACAAAUCUUCCAUGAUUAUGCUGCACUGUGAUCAUUGUGCGCCCAACUGUCUACAUUCAUUCCUUUAGUCAGAGCCCAGAGUCCCCACUGGACACUCGAGUAAUUUGUAUUGACCCCAGGGGUCACCAACACAGGUAGUAUGAGAAUUUAGGCCACUAAUCACAAGCACCUGAUUUUGUAAAAUUGUUUAUAUUUUAUUUUAUUGGUGCUCAUUGGAUCAUGGAUCAGUAAUGGAGAAGGUACAAGACAGCCUUGGUAUUUUCACAGUUUGUCAUUGUGCUGUCAAACAAGAAACAAAAUAACAGUUAGCCAUAAAUAUAUUUUGGGGUAAUAUUUAGGCAAUAUGUUUCUUUGUAUUUCAUGCAGAUUGUUUGGUAUUUGUUUCCAUAAUUGUAUAUUCCAUAAUUAUCUUCAAAAUGUUGAUAUGAAUGCUGUGGACACUAUUCAGGAGACAUGUUCUGAAUGCUUUCUUCACUGUGCAAUUCUUCAGUAGCAAAUGUUGAAGGUUCAAUAAAGAGAAGUACUGUG